ACCUGGCUUGCUCUUCCACAUACCUCUACGAAUGAUUCCCAGACUAUUGCAACGCUUUGUCCGCCAGGGAGCGGCCUGCGCGUCCGGGAGACGCGCCAUAUCUGUCCAGAACAUCCUCCAUGGAUCUCCCGAGGCUAAGAAGGAGGGAGAGGAGCUUGUCCAACAACACGGAAAGCUCGUCGGACGCGGCAAAUAUAUUCAUGGCUUCGAGGUUCACAAGGUCAAACCGGAUAAGGUAGAGGAGUACAAGAAGGCCGCCGAGACGUACUACUCGGGCGUGAAAGAUGAUUCCAAGCUGCAUGUGAAGCUCUCGGGAAACUGGGAAGUCAUCGUCGGCGAGCAAGACACGUUCAUCCACAUCCUUGAGUAUGAGCACUACGGAGGAUACGACAAGACCAUGGACCUCGUCAGGCGCGAGCCCCACCAUGUCUCGGCCAACAACGCGAUGCGACCCUACUUGACCUCUCGUACCCUUCAACUGGCUUCCGAGUUUGCAAUGGUGCCGACUGCACCUCCGCACAUUCACGGUGGUAUCUUCGAAUUGCGCUCGUACCAGCUGAAGCCCGGGAGACUUCUCGAGUGGGAGAACACAUGGCGGCGAGGUAUCGAGGCGCGACGCAAGUUCGUGGCGCCGGUCGGGGCUUGGUAUUCGCAGGUUGGACAUCUUCACGAGGUGCAUCAUCUAUGGCAAUAUCAGAGCAUGGAGCAGAGGAAGGAGAUGCGCGAGAACGCGUGGAAAGUCGACGGAUGGGCGGAGACGGUGUCCAAGACCGCCGAGCUGGCCAAGUCGAUGGAUUCGUACAUUCUGACCCCUCUGCCCUUCAGUCCGCUGAAGUGAUCCUGUAUCAAGAGCCAUUCGUGCGCGUUCGCCAUUCUCAAGGCAGAAAGACACGAAAGGAAGGCAGCCGGGGCGGGAAAGCAAGGAUCAAGGAACGUCUGAGGAGGAUACACCGUGCUACAAGUGUGCCCACUGUUACUAUCGCAUGCUCGUUUGUGAUCACGUAGUCGACUACAAUUUGCUGUUGCUGCGUCGGAA